AUGUUUCGAGAUCAAUUUGAGCGAUUACACUUUGAAACGUACGAAAAUAAUAUAAUAACGGACUUAAAGGGUGACGAGAUACUGAGCAAGCUUGAUGAUAUAUUAGGUGACACAAUGCAAUUAAACGGCCAUGAUGCUUUUGUUGCCGUAUUCUCGACACACGGCGACGAGUCCGUGAUGUCCCUAAAGCUGUUAAAAUAAAUCGCCAAGCUACUAACGCAUUUAAUAUAAGUUUUGACACUGAUGAUGAUAUAAUUGUGCCAUUAUUUGGUGAUAUCAUGAUAUGCUACUCAACAGUUAAUACAUUUGUAUCACUACGAAAUACUAUCCAGGGCACUUAUUA